CAGGAUCCAAGCCACUUUUCCGCCUUUUCUAACCACAUUUUCCGAAUCCGAGACCCAGGUCCGACAACAGCGUGCGUUUUUGCUCUCAGGUCUUUUAAACAGAUCCGCUGUUGUUGAUUUUUUUCUUCGAAGAAAGUGCGUCCCGAGUCUCUUUUCUGAGGUUGAAAUCAUGGCGCAACCAAACCUCACUGAUUUAUUCAGCAACAUGUCCCACGACGAGCUUCUCGUGAGCAUCCCCCUUUUGUAUGCUGAGGCCCCCACUGCCGCCUGGCGGGAUGUUUGCCUGAUUGAACUGUUCAGAAGAAUGACUGACAAGUUCAAGAGCUGCGACGCCGAAACCCGCCGUCAAGGGAGGGCCUUGCUGGAGCUUGCUUGCCUUCUGGUCCUCGACCCCGCCACCAAAGUGGCACUUCUCAUCAGAUGGCUCUAUUUAGUUCCUACACCUCCGUUCUGCGCCCCGCUGCAAGCCUCGGUGGCCGUCGAGGUGCUCAGGACCAUCGUCGAGAGAUAUGGAAGCUGCCCUGAGUUCCAGUUUAGCAGUGAUCUAGCGAAGGACAUCGGAAUGGAGUGCCUUGAUGUCGCAGCCGGUGGACAGGGCUGGCGUUCCAAGCCACUCCAUGAAGUCCUCUUCGAUCUAUCUGACAAGUAUGAGGAAGCAUCGAGGGAUUUGGUGGUCAAAGCUCUUUAUAAAACUGAGUGUGCCAAGGCUGAGGCAUUGAUAACGGACGUAGCAGGCCUGAAAAAAUUCAUCAUCAACACCAUGAUGCGUAAAGAUAGAUACAACUCUCCCAUCUCCAACCGCAAAAUCAACUUCUUCACACCAAGAAGUGCCUCCCCGAGUCCCUUUGAGAUUUUCGUGUAUGAUGUCAAUUCUCACAUCGAAGAAACGAUCCUCAAUGUGGACCACUACUUGCUAGGCAAGCUUCUAAACAUCUACAUUGCCUGCAGUAGGGAGAGGCCUUCGAAGAUUGACGGUCCCCCACUGGUCCCAGAGUGCGUGCCGUCCGAGACAAGCAGCGAUGAGGGGGAGAUCGACUUGUGGUUGUCUGACGACGAGACUCCUGAGAUGCCCGUGUCCCAAAUGAACCGGAAAAGGAAGGCUCUGUGGAAAGAGUUCCGUGACCGGCCCAAACCUUGUAAGGUUGCGCGCUUGGAGCCCACAAAGGUCAAGAGGACACGGAAGCAGCCGAGAAUGGCGACGGAACCACUCAACAAAGGAAGCAGAUCGUCUACACGGUGGGCCUCCAAAGUUGCAAAGCAUCUUAUUGGUGCAAACUUCAAUGUGGUUCAUGAGGUUACCCUUGCACCGUCUGCUCGGCCUAUGGACCCCACCAACGCCCCUGCAAACGCUCCUCAGGCAGCCUUGGCUGAUGCGGUCCCCCAGGACAACUUUGCUGCAGCUGCUGAUGCAUCCCCUGCAUCUACGAGAUCAUCUCCUUCAGGUUCAGCGUCACCAGCCUCUCAUCCCGCAACAUGGUCACCUGCCCUCUCUCCGUCAGUCCAAGACUUCCCUGACGACGACGAUGAUGAUGCAGCCCUUUCACCAGCAUCCUCUGCUGCCUCUGACCAGCCUUCUAUGGAAAAUAUGUCUGCAGCGCUGUCACCGAAGAUUGUGGCUGCUGUCGCUGCUGCUGCCAACGCUGCUGCGCCUUACCUACAAGCUGCUCCUGCUCCUUCGGCCGCACCGGUCGCCCCAGUGGCCGCGCCGGUCGCCCCCUUGGCCGCGCUAAUCGCCCCCGUGGCCGCGCCGGUCGCCCCAGUGGCCGCGCCGGUCGCCCCCUUGGCCGCGCCUAUCACCCCCGUGGCCGCGCCGGUCGCCGCUGUGGCCGCGCCGGUCGCCCCAGUGGCCGCGCCGGUCGCCCCAGUGGCCGCGCCGGUCGCCCCAGUGGCCGCGCUAAUCGCCCCCGUGGCCGCGCCGGUCGCCCCAGUGGCCGCGCCGGUCGCCCCCUUGGCCGCGCCAAUCGCCCCCGUGGCCGCGCCGGUCGCCCCAGUGGCCGCGCCAAUCGCCCCCGUGGCCGCGCCGGUCGCCGCUGUGGCCGCGCCGGUCGCCCCCGUGGCCGCGCUGGUGGCUCCUUUGGUCGCCCCUACGCUGAAAAAGAACCGCAAGGCGAGGCAGCAGGCCAUGCCCUACACUCGCAGAUCUACAAGGGCAGCUGCCCAGUCAGCUACGGACAAAAUUCAUCAACACUACAAGAUCGCCACCCCUGGAGCUUUGGCCGCUUCCUCAGCUAACUUGGCACCACCUGCGGUCAUCCCUCCACCAGUGGUUGCUCCUGCUGCUGCUGCCAUCCCUACUCGGCCAGUGGUUGCCCCUCUUGCUGCUGCCAUCCCAGCAGCUCAACCUGUGGCGGCCCCGGCCCCUGCUCCUGCAGCAAACCCACUGGUAGCGAGGCGUCCAAGGCGAGACUGGAGAGCUCCACCUGUGCUUGGACCUCGCAGAUCCACGAGGGCUGCAGCGAUGGUGGCAAAGGCAAAAAUCCACCACUGCCUUGAGAGAAACGCCAACCUUGCCACCUUCGUCUACACCAACUGAGGCGCCCACCCUUGUCAAUCGUCCUGAAUCUGCCUAUACUUCACUAAGCUUACCCACCCAGAUGGGUGCUCCCUCUAUGAACUCAAUUUUUUUUUAAUUUUUUUCAUGAAUAUCGUUUAACGUAGUUUAUUCAAAUCCAUUUUAUAUCCCAAACAAUUCAAAAAAUCUGAAAAAAGCUGUUAAGAUCGGUUUGUUAAAAUUGCUCUAAACAAUUCCGUUGGCGUCACGGCGAUUUUAAUUUAACUUCCCUUCCGUCACUUGCAACUAGGUUUAAGUGGGGCUUCUUCUGAUUAUGACUUAAG